CUCUUAUUCUCAGUCACACCCUCUACUUCAUGUCCAUUCCUCUUUACAAAACGCUAAUAGCCGGUCUAUCCGUCUGGUGGCUUCUCUUUGUACAUUAUCACGAGCGGGUGUACAUCCAGAGCACGCUUCGCAAGUGCUCGUGGCCUGGCAAAGCCGACGGAAACCGCAUUGCCUUGCUCGCGGACCCCCAGGUGGUGGACGAAAACACGUAUCCGCACAAUCUAACGGCGUUUAAUUGGAUUGUACGCCAGCUCAGUGAUAACUACUUGGCGAAACACUUCAAGUACAUGACCCGGACGCUCGACCCCAGCACAACCUUCUUCCUUGGGGACCUCUUUGACGGUGGGCGCGAAUGGAACAACACAGCCGUAUGGUUUGACGAGUACAAGCGAUUCAACCGGAUCUUUGACCCGCGUUUCAGCAUCGACCGCAUGGUGAUCCGGUCUUUGCCUGGCAAUCACGACAUCGGAUUUGGGAACGAGGUUGUAUCCGAGAUCCGAGACCGCUUCCGCGUCUUCUUCGGCGACUCCAACGGAUACUACUUCUUUAACAAUAACCAGCACGUGGUGGUGAUGUUAGACACGAUAUCGCUUUCCUCAUCGAACGGCGCAAUCAGUCUCGAGACAUGGGAGUUCGUAAACCGGCUCUCUGCUCGGAUGAGUGACCCAACAGACGCCGAGUUCCGGAGCGUGAAAACGGUUGUGCUCUUGACCCACGUGCCCUUCUAUAGAGACAGCGCAACCCAGCAGUGUUUGGGGCCCCACCGCGAGUCGCCCAAUCCGUUUCCCGUGUCCAAGGGCUACCAGUACCAAACCGUGCUCGACUAUGCUUUAUCCCGCGAAUUGAUCAGCAAAUUGCGGCCCAACAUCAUUUUCUCCGGCGAUGACCAUGAUUAUUGCCACGUGAAGCACUCGGAAGAGGUGGAGGAGAUCACCGUCAAAACCAUGUCUAUGACAAACGGCAUAAGGUACCCAGCAAUCCAACUUUUGACGUUGGAUCUGGACGGAUACAGUACUGAUAUCUGCUACCUUGCAGACCCGUAUUAUAUCAUCAAGGCGUACGUCCUCAACUGUAUCUUCUCGCUUUCCGUGCUUCUAGUCAAGGUCUACUUCAGCGCUGCAUACGAGGUCCGCGCGCAUCAAGUAGACCGGUUUCUUCGCCAAAAGGUGUUGCUUGAAAAGGCCGAGGCGCUCUUACCAACCGGAGAGGCUGAAUACAGCCGGUACUGGAAACCCGCGCGCGAGGGUCUUCGGCUGAAACGUCAGCGGGCGCUCGUGGUGGCUGCCAAUUCCUCUAUAGUACUUGUCAUUGUCUGGCUGCUUUUUGGUGUGUACUAUCUGAGCGCAUGACUUAUUUUUUCUGCGACAAGUUUUAUUGAUUAAGCCGGAAUAGCGUUACACCCUGUGUGGUUAUAAAGGCUAAGGGACGUACAGGGUAUCUGGCUGUAAACUUUUGAGUAAGUUAUGUGCUAACUGAUAUUCAAGCUGUUUUUUUUUGUGGGACCUAUAGUUUCACUUUUAGUAUUCAAGUGAUACUUAGCAUUUAAACAGAUGCGUGGGACAUUUAAAGAGUGAUUUAUCCGUAGCUCUUGUGUACCCUGGUAUGUUCUGUGAGAAGAUGGAUGUAUCCGCGGGGCAUGAACCACCAAGAAUAAACGUAGAUAUCUCUCUUUUAGCGAAUCAUAAGUCGUUAAGGCCCAAUGUCUAAG